AUGUUCUCUUUGACCUUACAAGAAAUAUGUGUAUCUAGACAUGUCAGUUUCCAUGAAAACAUCUUGCCAUAUGUUGGUGAUUCUUCCUCAGUCACUAAGGAUAGUGAUUACUUUACUUUUCAGUCUUUUGAUCCAACUCCUUCUUCUCAUGUCAACCCUCCUACUAAACCUCUAACUCCCAUUAUAGAUUAUGUCAUCCCCAUUCAUACACAAAAUCCUCAUCUUCCACCUCCUCUUCCUGACACCACAAUUACUAUUAGAAAAUCUUAUAGGAUCAAACAUUUCCAAUCUUACUUACAUGAUUAUGUUUGUAAUACUUCACAUAGUACUCCAAUUCCUAUUUCUCAGUAUAUGUCAUUUACUAAUUUCUAUAAUUCUUAUUAUCAUUUUGGUUUGUCACUUACCACUCACAUUGAACCAAAAAUCUAUGCUGAAGCAAACAAAUUUGAUUGUUGGAACCAAGCAAUGCAGGUUGAACUUACAACUCUUGAGAAAACUCGCACUUGGAAACUUGUUGAUUUACCUCCUCCUGUGAAACCAAUAGGGUGUAGAUAUGGAUAUAUAAAAUCAAAGAUCAUACUAAUGGUUCCAUUUGGAAGAUUCAAAAUGUCACCAGCAGGACCAGUCGCCUCCUACACUGUCAAUCCUGACAAGAUUGAAGCAGCUGAGGUGAUAGAAGGAAAUCAUGUUAAUGGAAAAAUGGCAAUUGGGAAGAGAAAAGGAGGAUGGAAAACUGCAUACAUCUUGCUAGCUAAUCAAGCAUUGGCAACACUGGCAUUCUUUGGUGUUGGAGUGAACUUGGUUCUGUUCCUAACAAGAGUCCUUCGUCAAGACAGUGCCGAGGCUGCUAACAAUGUCAGCAAGUGGACUGGAACUGUUUACAUUUUUUCACUCUUGGGAGCAUUCCUUAGUGAUUCUUAUUGGGGAAGAUACUUAACUUGCACUAUCUUUCAGCUUUUUUUUGUUCUGGGUUUAGGGCUGUUGUCUUUGACAUCAUGGUUGUUAUUGAUCAAACCAUUAGGUUGCGGUAAUGAACAUACCGUUUGCAACGAACCAACUCCAUUGGGAACAGGCCUAUUCUAUUUGUCAAUAUAUAUGGUUGCAUUUGGAUAUGGAGGGCAUCAACCUACCUUAGCAACCUUUGGAGCUGAUCAAUUUGAUGAUGAUGAUAAAAAUAUUCAAAACACUUACUUGAGAGAGGCUUUCUUUAGUUACUUUUACUUUGCACUCAAUGUUGGAUCACUCUUUUCCAACACCAUUUUGGUUUAUUAUGAAGAUUCCGGUAUGUGGACAUUGGGUUUCGGUGUCUCGCUAGCCUCUGCUAUUAUAGCCUUGAUUUCAUUCUUAGCAGGAUCUCGAAGAUAUCGUUAUGUUAAGGCGUGUGGGAAUCCUGUCAUAAGAGUAAUUCAGGUCUUCAUUGCUGCCGCUAGGAAGUGGAAUGUUGAACCUGCCAAGGAGGAUCAACUUUACGAGGUUGACGGCCAUGAAUCCGCCAUCAAAGGAAGCAGAAAGAUUCUGCACUCUCAAGAUAUAAGAUUCAUGGACAAGGCAGCAACAUGGACAUUGAAAGACGGGAAUGAAUCCGGGAACCAAUGGCGGCUUUGUACUGUAACUCAAGUAGAGGAAGCCAAAUGUGUGUUGAGAAUGAUACCGGUUUGGCUAUGCACUAUUAUUUACUCUGUUGUAUUUACACAAAUGGCUUCUCUUUUUGUCGAACAAGGCGAUGCAAUGAACAACAAGGUACGAAAGUUUCACUUACCAGCUGCAACCAUGUCUGUGUUUGAUAUAGGUAGUGUCCUUGUAUGUACUGGACUUUAUCGCCAAGUUCUUGUUCCCUUGGCCGGAAAAUUAAGCGGUAAUCCUAAGGGGUUAAGUGAACUUCAAAGAAUGGGAGUUGGCCUAGUUAUCGGAAUGUUUGCAAUGGUCGCAGCUGGUGCAACAGAGUUUGUACGGCUUAAACAUGUUAAGCCGGAAGAGAAGGCUAGUUCUUUGAGUAUAUUCUAUCAAAUUCCACAGUAUGUUCUUGUUGGGGCUUCAGAAGUUUUUGUGUAUGUGGGUCAGUUGGAGUUCUUCAAUGGUCAAGCCCCGGAUGGCAUAAAAAGCUUUGGAAGUUCACUUUGUAUGGCUUCAAUUUCUCUUGGAAACUAUGUUAGCAGCAUGAUGGUGAAAUCCGUGAUGAAAAUCACUACUAAAGGCGAAGAACUGGGAUGGAUACCGAAUAACUUGAAUGAUGGGCACAUGGAUUGGUUUUUCUACCUCAUCGCAGCGUUAAGUGCUCUUAACCUUGUCGUCUACGUGUUCUGUGCUCGGUGGUACAAGGGUGUCAAUAACGUUGAAGGUAGUGUGAAUCUCAGUUGUAAAGAGAACGAUGAAGCAAUUAAUAAAGUUUGA